UUUGUUGUUGGCACCGGCACCGGCAUUGGACGCACGUUUUUCCCAUUUUCGCUCACAUAAACAAAAACUAUUUUUAAAGCACCGCAAUUAACCAAACAAUACGACGGGGCAGCAACACUCUUCGGAUGCGCAAUGAAAUGCUUUGUUCUUGUCAGCGGCCGCCACAGAAGUUCCUGGGUGCCGAAUGCGUGCUGACGACGAUCGGCGCGUCGUCCAAUUAAUUUAAUUCACAGCAGUGGGAAUCGUCUGUACGCGCAGAAGAUUUAUUGGCUGGCUGCUGCGGCUGCCAAGAGUCGGAAAAGGGUCAGGCCACGUACACGUAUUUAAACAAGAGGCGCUACAUUGCCGCUGAUUGACUUGUUGGCAGCGAAGUGUAGACUGACGCAGGCACCCAGUCCACGCACCCAAUUCUCGACCGAAACAAGCAGCAGAAAGCGGCGCAUGGCCGCAAUUAGUGCGGAUGGGAACAACAAUGGACUGAUGCGAACAGUUGUUGUCGAUGUCUGCCAAAAAGCCAAAAGCAGCCGCAGAAGGAACAACGGCAGCAUGCAACAGCAGCAGCAGCAGCGGACCAGCACCAACAAAAUAUUUGCUAAAAUUGAGCAAUUUGCUAGUGCCGCCGCGUUACGUAUACGUGAUAUUAAAAAUAAAGUACCAGCGACUGCCCAGACCAUACCACAGCAGCAGCAGCUAAAUAGGCGACGGCGGCCACAAGUUGCAGCAGGAUGAACAAACGCACCAUCAUCAUAUUGGGGAUUGUAGCCAGCCUGCUGGGCCUGGUGCUGGGUGCGAACUUCUACUUCAUGUACUACCUGAACAUCGAGGAGGGCCACCUGGCCAGUGUCCGGGCGCUGGAGAACAUGAUACGUCACAAGAUGCGCCACCUGCAUCCGGCCUACCUCAACCGCAAUCCGCGUUUCUUCAUGUUCCGCAACAAACUCCUCAAGAACUACAAAAUGGCCCCCUACGAGAACGCCAGCGUGCUCUGGGACAUUGCCAAUUGGUGGCCACACGAGAACGAGAUCUACCCGCUGUACGACUCUUCUAUGGGCCACCUGUUGGAGACGCUGCGCAAGGAGCCGAUCACCCGCGUAAGCAAUCUGGCGCGCGGCACUCAGCUGAAGCUCUUGACGCGCCUGUCGCAGCAGCAGAAGGUCAUCUUCAAGCCGCAAUGGUAUCCACGCGACGAGAUUAUCGAGGGUGCCGUCUACAGCGGCAAGGAUCGUCAUACGGCCGAGGUGUACGCCUUCUAUCUGGGCGCUGUGCUCGAUCUGCGCUGGACACCGAUUGUGGUGGGGCGCGUGGUCAAUCUGAAGACUGAAAUCUAUGCCCAGGGCGACCAGGAGCUGCAGAGCACCAUCAGCAUCGAGGUGGGUGAGGAUGGCAAGGAGACCUAUUGCCUGUACGGCAAGUGUCACUACUGCAACGAGGAGGAGACCGUUUGCGGCGACGACAGGCACAACAUCGAGGGUGUGCUCAUUUACAUUGUGCCCGGCACACUGGCGAAACGACGCUCCCCCUGGCAGCGCACCUACAAGGAGGACAGACGAGCGCCCUGGGAGGAUGACAUGACCUAUUGCAAAUCGCUGAAGAAUAAAAUGGAAACGAUUCGCCUGCUGGACCUCAUCGAUGUGGCCAUCUUUGACUAUCUCAUACAGAACGGGGAUCGGCAUCACUACGAGACGCGUGAGGAUCGUGUGGUGCUCAUCGACAAUGGCAAGGCUUUUGGCAAUCCCAACAAGGAUCAUUUGGACAUCCUGGCGCCGCUCUACCAAUGCUGCCUUCUGCGCAAAUCCACAUGGGAUCGCCUUCAGGUAUUCUCCGGCGGCGUGCUAACGGAAAUAGUCGAUCGCCUGUCCAAACAGGAUGCCCUGUAUCCGCUCAUCACGGACAAGCAUAAACGCGGCGUGGAACGCCGAUUGCUUGUGGUCUAUGCCGUGGUGGAAUACUGCAUGGACCUGGAGGGUGACAAAAUGUUCAAAACGCUCUAACCCCAGCUGAGGACUAGACUAAGUUGGUUGUUGGUAGACCAAAAUGUGCCACGCAGCAUCCACAUGCUACUAUCCAAUCCUAUCCACCGUUUCUGCCUGGGAUCCGAACGUAACAGGUCUCGGCUUGGUGUCGCAUGUGCCAGUUGAUGCUGCACUCAUUGCAUAUCAGUUUUCAAUGUAAUAAUGUUUCAUUUACCCCGCUUAAAAGUAGAACAAAUAGUUAGAAUAGAUAGACGCAACUGAUGUGGAAAAAUGAACCUGCCUUUUAGCUAAAUGAUACUUUAACCCAUUGACCUUAGAAUACAGAACAUAAUCAAUAGCUCUAGUUUACUGCAUAGUUAUGGUUGAUAUUUAAUAGGAAGUAUUUUAGAAAAAUUUGCAAAUAAACGGAAACAAAAGUAGAUUGUUGUCCCAA